AAUAUCAACCAAUAAAUACAAAGCUGACAUCGGAUAUGAAAUUUGUCACAGCAAAUAAAACAUUUGAAGUAUUCUGUAAUGCAGACGCAUCUCCCCCAGCAAAUUACUCCAUCAAACAAGGAAAUAUAACAAUGGUAAACUCGUCUGAUGGUAAUGUCACAAUUACUACACCUAAUAAUGGAACGUAUCUUACUAUCGGCUGUAUUGCAAAGAACAAAUAUGGGCAAGAAAUAGCAAAUUCCCUCAGAAUACCGAUCUAUCAACCACCAACUAUAGUAGAUCAUCCAGACAAUCGAAUUACAAUGGAGAACGAUAGCAUUACACUGCAAUGCAAAGCCACAGGGACCCCAGGACCAAAUAUUACUUGGUAUGACGAAAUAAGAAAUACAACCGUUGAAGCGGCAAAUGGAACGUUACUCGUACAAAAUGAAGAAUGUAAGAAUAGUACAUCACAGUACUACUGUGUGGCAUCGAAUGUUGUAGAAGACGUCAAAAGUCCUUCAAUAACAGUAGAAGCUUUUCAACGCAAAUCCGUUUCAUUUUGCAAGAAAAAAGAGAGUAAAAAUAAUGACGAAUCAAUUCUUCAUUCUGGUCCUGAUUGGCUACUCAUAAUCAUAGUGGUCGUUUGCUCUCUGGUUACGRUUGCGUUAAUACUGGCUUUUAUUCUCUGCUUAAGAAAAUGGAAGCAGCCAAUACGUGACAUCUACAAGGGUACACAGUCUAUA